ACAGGGAGGCCGGGGCGGGCUGAGCCGGGGGCCGCGAGAGGCGGCGCUGCCUGUCCCGCCGGCUGUAGGCCGCUCCGCAGGGCCGCCGCGGCGCUCCCCGGGCGCUCCGGGCCGGGGGGGACUGCGCAGAGGCCUUCGAGGCAUCGCCGUGCGGGAGCUGCGGGAGCCCGGCGCUCCGCCGAACCGCACUGCGGAGCAGCUGUCGGCAGCGUUCGAUGUCUGGGAGCUGCUCGGCUCCAGCCGACUGCACCAAGGCCUUGCUGCUUUCCCUCUGUGGCUUUGGAGAGCUGUGACUGGCAGCUGCAAGAUGGAAGUGACCCUGACAGCCAGCCAGAUCCGGCAACGCUUCAUCAACUUCUUCAAGGCAAACCAGCACACCUACGUGCACUCAUCUUCCACAAUCCCCCUGGAUGACCCCACACUGCUCUUUGCCAAUGCUGGGAUGAACCAGUUCAAACCCAUCUUCCUCAAUACCAUUGACCCCUCACACCCUCUGGCCAAGCUGAGCAGAGCCACCAACAGUCAGAAGUGCAUCCGAGCAGGGGGCAAGCACAACGACCUGGAUGAUGUUGGGAAGGAUGUCUACCACCACACCUUCUUUGAGAUGCUGGGCUCCUGGUCCUUUGGGGAUUAUUUCAAGGAGCUUGCUUGUAAGCUGGCCUUGGACCUUCUCACCAAGGAGUUUGGCAUCCCUGUUGAUAGGCUCUAUGCCACUUACUUUGGUGGGAAUGAGGCUGCAGGACUGCAACCAGACCUGGAGUGCAAGCAGAUAUGGUUGGAUUUGGGGCUGGCAGAGGGCAGGAUUCUGCCUGGCAACAUGAAGGAUAACUUCUGGGAAAUGGGAGACACAGGCCCCUGUGGCCCCUGCAGCGAGAUCCACUACGACCGGAUCGGGGACAGAGACGCCUCCCACUUGGUCAACCAGGAUGACCCCAACGUCCUGGAGAUCUGGAACCUGGUGUUCAUACAGUUCAACAGGGAAGCUGAUGGGACACUGAAACCUCUUCCUAAGAAAAGCAUUGACACUGGGAUGGGCCUGGAGAGGCUGGUCUCUGUGCUGCAGAACAAGAUGUCCAACUAUGACACUGACCUCUUCCUUCCUUACUUUGAAGCCAUCCAGAAGGGCACGGGGGCCAGGCCCUACCUGGGGCAGGUGGGCGCUGAGGACACCGAUGGCAUAGACAUGGCGUACCGCGUGCUGGCCGACCACGCACGGACCAUCACACUGGCCCUGGCUGAUGGGGGCAGGCCUGACAACACUGGCAGAGGGUACGUGCUGAGGCGCGUUCUCCGGCGGGCUGUGCGCUACUCCCACGAGAAGCUCAACGCCCCCAAAGGCUUCUUUGCUACUCUGGUUGAUGUGGUGGUGCAGUCACUGGGAGAGGCCUUUCCUGAGCUGAAGAAGGACCCUGAUAUGGUGAAGGACAUUAUCAAUGAAGAAGAGGAUCAGUUCCUGAAGACGCUCAGCAGGGGGCGUCGCAUCCUGGACAGGAAGAUCCAGAGCCUGGGGGACAGUAAAAUCAUCCCUGGUGACACUGCCUGGCUGCUGUACGACACAUACGGCUUCCCUGUGGAUCUGACGGGGCUGAUAGCAGAGGAGAAGGGUCUGGCUGUGGACAUGGAGGCCUUUGAGGAGGAGAAGAGAAAUGCACAGCUCAAAUCCCAGGGCAAGGGUACAGGAGGGGAGGAGCUGCUCAUGCUGGACAUCUACGCCAUCGAAGAGCUGCGGGCACGAGGGCUGGAGGCAACUGAUGACUCCCCAAAAUACAGCUACACUGCAGAUCCCAGUGGCACCUAUGAUUUUGGGAGCCUCGUGGCCACAGUGAAAGCCAUCCGCAGGGAGAAGCACUUUGUGGAGGAGGCAUCCACAGGCCAGGAGUGUGGGGUAGUGCUGGACCAGACCUGCUUCUACGCCGAGCAGGGCGGGCAGAGCUACGACCAGGGCUUCAUGGUCAGGGAGGACGACGGCAGGGAGGAUAAAACAGAGUUCACAGUGAAGAACGUGCAGGUCCGAGGAGGCUACGUGCUGCACAUAGGAACUCUGUAUGGGAGCCUCAAAGUGGGAGAUCAGGUCCACUUGUCUAUAGAUGAGGGCAGGAGGAGGCCCAUCAUGAGCAACCACACGGCCACACACAUCCUCAACUUCGCGCUGCGCUCGGUGCUGGGGGAGGCUGAGCAGAGGGGCUCCCUCGUGGCCCCAGACAGGCUGCGCUUCGACUUCACCUCCAAGGGAGCCCUCUCCACACAGGACAUCAAGAGGGUUGAAGGCAUUGCCAACCAGAUGAUCCAGGAGGCCAAGCCUGUGUUUGCCAAGGAGUGCCCUCUGGCAGCAGCCAAAGCCAUCCAGGGGCUGCGGGCCGUGUUUGAUGAGACCUACCCCGACCCUGUGCGCGUGGUCUCGGUGGGUGUCCCCGUGGAGCAGCUGCUGGACGACCCCUCGGGCCCCGCCGGCUCCCUCACCUCUGUGGAGUUCUGUGGGGGCACGCACUUGCAGAACUCCAGCCACGCUGGUCCCUUUGUGAUCGUGUCAGAAGAAGCAAUUGCCAAAGGCAUCCGGAGGAUAGUUGCAGUCACAGGGGCCGAGGCCAGGAAGGCCCUCAGGAAAGUCGACAGCCUCAGGAAGCUGCUGUCAGCCCUGGAGGCCAAGGUGAAGGUCCAGACAGCUCCCAACAAGGAUGUGCAGAAGGAGAUCACGGAUCUCAGCGAGACACUGGCCACUGCUGUUAUCCCUCAGUGGCAGAAAGAUGAGCUGAGGGAGGCUGUGAAAGCACUGAAGAAGGUUAUGGACGACCUGGACCGAGCGAGCAAAGCUGACCUCCAGAAACGAGUGCUGGAGAAGACCAAGCAAGUCAUUGAGAGUCACCCUAACCAGCCCUUGGUCAUCAUGGAGAUGGAGAGUGGGGCCUCAGCAAAGGCCCUGAACGAAUCCCUGAAGCUGUUCAAGACACACUCCCCCCAGACAGCCACCAUGCUCUUCACUGUGGACAACGAAGCGGGCAGGAUCGUGUGCAUGUGCCAGGUGCCCCAGGAAACCGCCAACAAGGGCCUGAAGGCGAACCAGUGGGUGCAGGAGGUGUCGGGGCUGAUGGACGGCAAAGGCGGGGGCAAGGACGUCUCUGCGCAGGCCACGGGCAAGAACGUGAGCUGCCUGCAGGAGGCCCUGCGAGCCGCCACGGCCUUCGCCGAGCUGCGCCUGGGCGAGCUCAAGAACUGAGGGCGCGGGGGUUGGAGGGGACGGUCCCUGCGCCCUCCCCCGGCCCCUUCCACCAAUAAAGGCCGCGUGUGCCGCG